UCUCUGUAGUACGGCGCGUCUUCCUGUAGAGCGGCUCUUCCGCUUCCGUUGUCCUUGCUGCAGAGCGGGCGGGAUGUUGCAAGGGGCCAAGAUGCUGCGGGGUCUGCUGACUCUCCGGCAGACUUCCCAGAGGACCAUAAAUACUACUUCAUGCAGGCAGUUUAAAAAUAGAGUACCAGAGAAGCAGAAGCUUUUUCAGGAGGAUGAUGGACUUCCAGUACAUCUUAAGGGUGGGGUAAAGGAUCAUCUGCUGUAUAGGACCACAGUGGCAAUUACAGUUUUUGGAACAAUGUACGCUGUUUACGAGCUGUAUGUAGCUGGGAUGCCGAAGAAAUGAUUCCAGUUUACAAGAUGACUCCUUAACUAGCCUGUCUCCAUUCCGAUCUGUGAAACUCUUCAAGAAUACCUUGUCUUAACAAAAAAUGGCUGGUUUCAUGUUUGGAAUCAAUAUUUAACUGUAAUGGGUUUAACUGUAACCAAUAAAGCAGUUAUUACAUUG